CUCUCGGCGGCCUCCGAGGCCCCGCGCGCAAAGCCGCCCCCGGCCCGCCUCCUCGGCUGCCUCCGCCCCCUCCCCUCCCCUCCCCUCCCCCCUCCCGCUCCAGCCCAGCCGGGCGCUGUUUUCGCCCGUUCGCGAGAGGCGGCGGCGGCGGCGGCGGGGCUGCUGCGGGUCGUGGCCGGGGGGGCGCCGGGAGCGAUGCUGGUCCUGGCCGCGCUCUGGGUCUUCUCGGGAGCCGGCGCUGCGCUCGCCCAGGUUGUCCAGACCCGCUUCACCGAGGAGCCGGAAGACCAGACGGUGGUCUCUGGGCAGCGGAUCGUCCUCUCCUGCGUGGUGCUGAACUAUUCGGGGAUCGUGCAGUGGACGAAGGAUGGGCUGGCCCUGGGGAUGGGGCAGGGCCUCAAAGCCUGGCCGCGCUACAGAAUCAUCGGGUUGGCAGAUUCGGGGCAGUACAACUUGGAGAUCAACGAUGCCGAGCUCUCGGACGACGCUCUGUAUGAGUGCCAGGCCACGGAGGCGGCGCUGCGAUCCCGGCGGGCCAAGCUGACUGUCCUGAGCUGGGGAGGCCCGUUUACUUGGGCAGCCCGGUUGCCUCCGUGCUCCAUCUGGGGCCGAACUGGAGAGUCAUGCAGCGACCGAUCCCGGCCGCAGUCGGACUCUGGCACGGCCGUCAGCAAUCACGAGACUUCCUCCAGCGGAAAGCAAAACCAAAGCCAGAGCAAGCCAGAAGGGAGGGGCCUUUCAUGGCCCCCGGACACCAGAAACGGCUUCUCCCGGCUGGGGGGCGCUUUUGCAGCAGAAGCUGCGCUCUUAGAACCCCAGGGGAUCUACCUGUCUACCCGCUUGAAGGGCGGAUGUUCCCCGCUCCUCGCUGGGGGGCAACAAAGUCAGAUCACUCAAAAGAGGCCCCACUCCAAAAACGCCCCCCGCUCUCUUCCUUCCGAAAACUCCACAGAACAGACAUUCAGAGGCCCCCGGCCCCUGACCACCAAGAACCCACUUAGCCAUCUGAGACCCGUCCCUGGAUGUGUUGGACCGGCUUUUCAAGCUGUCCAAGCGACCUCCUGGGGCCUGCCCACAUCCUGCAAGCCACAACGGAACGCCAAGCCGGCGGCCUCAAUUGUCUGGCUCCGCGAUGGGGUGCAGCAGCCGGAAGCCGCCAUGGCCACGGAAGUGUUGUCCGACGGAAAGAGGGAGACCACCAUGAGCCAGCUGCUCAUCAACCCCACCGACCAGGACAUUGGGAGGGUCUACAUCUGUCGCUGCAGCAACGAGGCCGCCCCGGCCGGCAAGGAAACCUCCAUCAAGCUCAACGUUCACCACCCUCCGACGGUCACGCUGUCCAUCCAGCCUCAGACGGUGCAAGAAGGGGAGAGGGUGACGUUCACCUGCCUGGCGACAGCCAACCCCGAGAUCAAAGGCUACAGGUGGGCGAAAGGUGGCGUGAUCCUGGAGGAUGCCAAAGACAGCAAGUACGAGACUCAGGUGGACUACACCUUUUUCACGGAGCCCGUCUCAUGCGAGGUCCACAACGAUGUGGGCAGCACCAACGUCAGCACCCUGGUGGACGUGCACUUUGCUCCCCGCAUCGUGGUGGAUCCAAAGCCCACGACCACCGACAUCGGCUCGGACGUGACGCUGACCUGCGUGUGGGCUGGGAACCCGCCCCUCACCCUCACCUGGACCAAGAAGGAGUCCAACAUGGUGCUGAGCAACAGCAACCAACUCUUCCUUAAGUCCGUCACCCAGGCAGAGGCGGGGCAGUAUGUCUGCAAGGCCAUCGUGCCACGGAUCGGGGUGGGCGAGCGCGAGGUCUCCCUCUCUGUCAACGGUCCCCCCAUCAUCUCCAGCGAUACCGUCCAGUAUGCUGUGCGUGGAGAUCGUGGGAAAGUGGAAUGCUUCAUUGGCAGCACCCCCCUCCCUGACCGCAUAGCCUGGGGCUGGAAGGAGAAUGUGCUAGAAACAGGGACCCUGGAGCGCUACACCGUAGAACGCAGCAACAACGGCCACGGAGUGCUCUCGACCUUGAGCAUCAACAACGUGAUGGAGGUGGAUUUCCAGACACGCUACAACUGCACCGCCUGGAACAGCUUUGGUCCCCGGACAGUGAUCAUCCAACUGGAGGAGAAAGAGGUCGUGCCAGUGGGGAUCAUUGCCGGAGCCACCAUCGGAGCUGGGAUCCUGGUCAUCUUAAAUGCUUCUGAAAGCCAUUAAGCCCUGGCCUGCUUCCUCCUACCUGGCGCCGGGUAAGCCGUAAGAGCAUUGACCUUACGCAUAGGCUUGGAUAUCAAGGUGGAGAGCCCGGAGAGGACACCUUCAAGCGUCUCCACGGCCACGCGCGUCAUGAAAGCCAUCUACUCGUCAUUCAAGGAUGACGUGGAUCUAAAGCAGGACCUGCGCUGUGAUACCAUCGACACCCGGGAGGAGUAUGAGCUGAAGGAUCCAACCAAUGGCUACUACAACGUCCGGGCCCACGAGGACCGCCCGUCUUCCCGCACCGUGCUCUACGCCGACUACCGCAACCCCGGCCCCACCCGCUACGAGCCCCGUCCUUCCUCUCGCCUUUCCCACUCCAGCGGCUACGCCCAGCUCAGCACCUACGGCGGCCGGGGCCCAGCCUCCGACUACAGCGGCGACCCCGUCCCGGGCCCCGCGGCCGUCCCCACCACGGCCGAGUCCGCCAGCCAGUUGUCGUACGAGACUUACGGGGGGCACACGGCCUUCCCUCCCAACGCGGGCUACGCCACCUACCACUUGGGCUACACCCAGCCCCCACCGCCCACUCUGGACAGAGCCACCUACGACACGUACGACCCCCUGGGCAAAUACACCACCGCCACCCGCUUUUCCUACACCUCCUCGGACUACGGGCAGCGUUUCCAGCAGCGGAUGCAGACGCAUGUCUGACUCAUGAGCCCGGUGUGAGGGGGGGGGCAGGUACCUCAUGACGGUCCCCUGAUAUUCAGGGGCUUUUCCCCAACCCCCCUUGCCCAUCUGCAGGCCAGACUGACGGCAAGCGCUGUGCCAAACGGAACGCCCCCCGCAGCCACGGACCGGGCACGACCGGGCUUCCUCCGAGGGACACAGUCGCGCUCCCCUCGGAGCCUGGGCACUCAUUGGAUGGCACAAAAGAGAGCAGGAAGCACGUUUCCCUCCCUCCCACCUGAGACAGGAGCACCUGGGGGCAAUGCUGGGCAGGCAGGAAGCUGCGGGGGGGGGGGGGUAGCAUUCCUCCAACGCUCAGCCUUCUCUGUCUCAUUCUCUUCCAAUGAUAUCCCUGCAUCUGACCCAGACAAAGGAGGCUGGAGCAGAGCAAGACAGCUGGGGGUUAAUUCCAAGGGAGGAGCCGAGCUCUGGGCCACAGCAGAGGGGCUGUCGAGCCCCCCCCUGCCUGCCCCAGCAGCCCUUUGUAGACCGGGGCUUUCUGGGCUACUGCUCGGGUAGCCAGCACAGAAUCCAGGCUGCUCUGCUCACAGGUCUUAUGGCUAGCGGAAAGCCAGCUCCUGUUGGCCUGAGUCGGGUGGGCAGAGUGGUGCAGAUCCUGGCCUGGGGGGGUGGGCUUCCUUCUGGGGUUGCUGCCCCUCCCCCUCCUGAGCCCAGCUGGCCCCUCUCCUCUCUCCAGACUGGAGAAAUGGUUGCGGCCAGGAAGUGGGCGCAGAGUGAAGCCCUCCCGGCUGACCGCCGAGCUCACGGCCCUGGCUAAUCAGGUACGAAGGAACCUUAUGCAGAGCUACCAGAGCCGUGCCCCCCCCUUCCCUGCACCCCCCCCCCAAAUCCAGAGGACCACGAUGAAUGAUGGAGAGAGACAGAGAGAGUGCGAGUGUGUGUGUUACAUGUCAUUGUUAUGCAUCAUUUACUCUGUUUCCAGGCGUUGCACUUUGGAAAAGGCGGGGUCUAGGGAGCGCUUUCGACUCUCGGAGAUGCCUGGAAGAGAAGGGAGUUAACGCUGUUUGGUGGCGGGGGGGGGGGGGGGAGAGUCAGGGAAAAGGAGUGGGGGGGGGUCUAUCCACACCCCAUCUGGCGUCUGAGUUCAUGUGGUCCUGAGGGCCAAGAACCGGGGAAAAAGA